CUCCCCCUCAAUAGCUGACAUCUCACUGAGAAGAUACACAUUACUAAACAUGGUAGCAGCUGACGUCAUCGCCAAUCAGAACGUGGUGGAGAGGGUGACCAGCCUCCCCCUGGUCAGCUCCACCUACGGCCUGGUGUCCAGCAUGUACUGCAGCACCAAAGACACCCACCCGUACAUCAGGAGUGUGUGCGAGGCAGCGGAGCACGGGGUCCGCACCAUCACCUCUGUGGCCCUCACCACUGCCUCGCCCAUCAUGGACAAGCUGGAACCUCAGAUUGCCAUUGCCAACGACCUGGCCUGUAAAGGUCUGGACAAGAUUGAGAAAACCUUGCCGAUCCUUCACCAUCCCUCCGACCAGAUCGUCUCCAGUGCCAAGGACGCGGUAAACACGGCUAAAGACGUUGUGACAGGCACCGUGUUCAGUGCCAAGGACACUGUGACCAGUGUUGUGGAAAAGACCCGAGGCGUGGUGCAAGAUGGGGUGGAGAAGACCAGGACUGUGGUGACUGGGAGUGUCAGCACGGUGCUGGAGAGCAGGGUGGUCCAGCUGGUCAGCAGUGGAGUGGACACAGCCCUCAGUACGUCUGAGAGCCUGGUGGAGCAGUACCUGCCUCUGAGGAAGGAGGAGCUGGAGCUGGAGGCAAGGACCGUGAAAGGAUUCAAUAAGGGGGAGCUGAGCUACUAUGUUCGACUGGGCUCCCUUUCCACCAAGCUGAGGAAGCGAGCGUACACCAGGGCUGUGGCCAAAAUCCAAGACGGCAAGCAACGCAGCAUGGACUUCAUCUCGCAGCUAAACUCCACAGUUGACAUGAUCGAAUAUGGCAGAAAGAAUAUCAGCGGGGCUAAUCAGAUGGUAAAUGAUAAGCUGAGCUCUCUGGUGACAUGGACGUCCAAGAGGUCGAACCAGGAGAACAGUCAUGAGGCAGAGGUCAUCGAGUCUCACACCUUGACCCUGGCACGUUCCCUCACUCAGCAGCUCCAGACCACCUGUCUGGUCCUUGUCUCCAGCCUGCAGGGCCUCCCCAACCACAUCCAGCAGGAGGCGCUGUCCUUCAGCCACUCUGCUUCAGAGGUCUACACUAACUUCAGCAAGGCCACAGCACUGGGAGAGCUGCCCGACAGCAUGCUGAGCAGCAGCAGAGUGCAGCUGAGGAAAAUGAAUGAUUCUCUCGACAACGUCAUGGAUUAUCUGGUCAACAACACCCCGCUCAACUGGCUCGUCGGUCCGUUCUACUCCCGCACGUCCCCUGAGCCGACUAUGACACCGGCCUCCGCUGUCAGUAGAAGCUCAGUUAGGUCCUCCAGCUUUUCCUCCACCCAGCGUCACAGGGAGGAGGAGAUGGAGUCACUACACUCUCAGCAGCAACAGUGAACCACUGCUGUCCAUGUUGUUGAUCGGCGGCAGUACGUGACUGCUG